AUGCCCCGAAAAUCCACCUCUUCCACCUCGGCAGGGGAUGCCGCCAUCUCGACGCCAGCCAACGGUGAUGGUGCCGCCGCCGCCGGACCAAGCCUGGAUGGGGGAGACACCUCCAUGCUCUCCGUCGUGACCGACGCUUCUACAACCACCAAAGCGCGCGUGAAUGGCAAAGCCACAAAGGAAGACGCCGACUCGCUCGGUGUAGAUGACCCAGCACUGGCAAUCCGCCUUGGAAAGUGGAAGAACAAGAACAAGAACAAGAACAACCCUACAAGCCCGCCCCCCUCCUCCCCCACCACUUAUUCCUCUCUACAACCCCCUUCACCUCAAGCAUGUAGACGACCUCCUCCUCCCCCCCGCACCCUGACCUCACGUCUGGCCCGCGGCAUCCUUCCCGCCAACACGUCGAUCCAAAAGGACGCUCUGCUCGCGCUCACCAAGGCCGCCACCGUCUUCAUCAGCUAUCUGGCGCACCACGCGAACGAGCUCACGACGAAGAAGACGGUGGGUCCGCAGGACGUGCUCAAGGCGAUACAGGAGAUCGAGAUGGGCGGCGUGAUGGGGUUGGGGCUCGUGGGACCGGAUGGCAAGGUGGGCGGCCGGUUGGAGAGGGAGUUGCAGGUGUUUGAGAGUGUGGUGAGGGGGAAGAGGAAGGGGUAUCGGGAGAAGGUUAAGGCGAGGGGGAGUGGCGGGGGGGGGCUGGGUCUCAAUGAGAAGGGGGGGGAUGUGGAUGAAGAUGCAGAUGGAGGCGAAGAGAGGGAGGCGAAGAGGGCGAGAUUUGAGGCGGAUGGAGGGGUUGAAGAAGAGAAUGGUCGGCAUGGUGGGAAAGCUACGACGGCACAACAUCAACAUCGACAUGAUCGCCCACAACAACAACAACAACAACAACAACAACAACAACAACACUACUACUCAACAGUUAUGCCUCCUCCGCCUCCAUCCGCAACACAUCCCACAAACGGCAGCGCUGCUACCCCUCACCUUUCAAACCACGACACACUACCAGAUGAUGAACUCGAAGAUGAGCAAAACGACGAUGACGACGACGAAACCAACAACAACGCUGCAGAAGACGAGGAUGGUUCCUCAGAAGAUGACAACGCAGACGAAGAAGAAGAGGACGAGGACGAAGGAGAAGACGAUGAGGAAGGCGAGGAAGAGAGGCGGCCGGACGAAGACGAUUCGGAUGGCUACGGUCCGGAUGAUCAGUUACGGCAUGACAUGAAUGGCGCCGAUGUGGACGAUGAUGAGGAGGAGGAUGAUGAUGACGGAGAUAGAGAAGGGUCAGGUAUGGAUAGUGAUUGA